GAACACAUUUGCAAUGUACGUUCCGGACUGUGAAAGGCAGCAAUACGCAACAUAACGUCUAGUCCGCCGGAAAAAGCCACACGAAGAAGAACUAGUGACGACAGUGAAAUGGCUGCCCCCACGGAGAAUGGGAGACACUUUGGUCAAUGGAUAGGCAUUUUGUUAUUUUUGGGGGGUUUCAUACCCUCUGCCACGGCGCUCAUCGAGGGACUUUAUUGUGGCACCGAGAUUUGUUACGAUGUACUCGGAGUGUCGAGAGAAGCGGCCAAAUCGGACAUAGGUCGUGCUUACAGACAGCUAGCCAGAAAGUAUCACCCGGAUAGAUUCUCAAGUCUUGCAGGCGAGACUCGUGAAAGUGCUCAUCAAAAAUUUCUGCUCAUUGCAACUGCAUAUGAAACUCUGAAGGAUGAGGACUCCCGUAGAGAUUACGACUACAUGCUGGACCACCCGGAACAGUACUACAGCCACUACUACACCUACUACAGCAGACGGCUGGCACCUAAAGUCGACGUGCGGAUUGUCAUUCUGGUGACCGUGGUUGCUAUAUCAAUCUUUCAGUACUACAGUUGGUGGGCCAGCUACACUGAAGCCAUCAACUACCUAUCAACAGUCCCCAAGUACCGUAUCCAGGCGACAGAGAUAGCCAAGCAGCUGGGUCUCCUGAACAAGACAAAAGAGAAGGGUAAAAACCGACGGUCCAAAGAGGAGAUCAGGGAACAGGAAGAAGAGAUCAUCCGUGACAUCAUCAAGAACAAGAUCGACAUCAAGGGAGGCUACCAGAAGCCUAAAAUCUUGGACAUCCUGCUCUGUAAGAUUGUCCUGUUCCCCUACUGCCUGUGUGCCUACGUGGUCUGGUACUGUAAGUGGAUCUACAGGUUCACCAUCUGCAGAGAGGAGUACGGAGACGAGGAGAAGCUGUACAUCAUCAGGAAGAAUAUGAAGAUGUCUCAGUCUCAGUUUGACGGUCUGGAGGAGGAGCAGAGAGAGACCUUCCUGGAGAGGCAGCUCUGGAUCAAAGACAACUAUGAGGUGUACAAGGAGGAGCAGGAGGAAGAGAUGAAGAUGAAGAUGGCCCUGGACCCCAGGUGGAAGAGGUACCGACGGUGGAUGAAGAAUGAAGGACCUGGACGACUCACUUUUAUUGACGAUUGACAACAUGCAUAUCAUAUAUUGCACCUGACUUGUGCCAGUUAUACAUUCACACUGUGUUUAUACAGUCACACUGUUAUACAGUCACAUUGUGUUUAUACAGUCACAUUGUGUUUGCAUACCUGUGUAUUUGUGAAUAAAUCUACUGAUGAUGUGUAUACAGACGAUUGAAAAUAA